AUGGUAGAAAAGAAAUUUCCAAAAACACUUGAAAAUAACAAAUAUCCCAUCGUUUAUUCAGAGUUUUACAAUAUCCGAUUUUUGGGUUUAGAAAAAUUCCAUAAUUUCAAUGCUAAGAAAUGGAAGAAGACAUUCGAACGUUUAAAGGAGUUGAUUAGCAUUGAUGAAGAUGAAACAUUUGAGCCAAAUCCUGUACAUAAACAGGAGCUCUCUCUAGUGCACACUAAAGACUACCUUAAGAGUUUGAAGAGGAGUUGGAAUGUGGCGAAGAUCCUUGAAGCACCAUUUCUGUCAUUUUUGCCCAAUAUUAUCGUCCGAAGAUAUUACCUGAGGCCGAUGAGGUACCAGACCCAAGGUACCAUCAUGGCCUGCGAACUGGCCCUCAAGCGAGGGUGGGCCAUCAACCUAGGAGGAGGCUUCCACCACUGCAGUGCCAACCAAGGGGGUGGCUUCUGCCUCUACGCCGACAUCAGCAUAGCCAUCCGCCACCUCUUCAAUUCCUUUCCACAGGUUGUCAAAAAGGUCAUGAUUGUCGAUGUGGAUGCCCACCAAGGAAACGGUUACCAAUUAGACUUCUUUGGCCAUCCUUGUGUUUACAUCAUGGACGUGUACAACCAGCACAUAUACCCAUUGGACUUUAAUGCUAGAAAAGCUAUACAUUGUAAAGUAGAAGUGAAUUUCUUUAUAAAAGACCAAGAUUACUUGCCGAGAUUGAGAAAGGGUUUGGAAACGUCCCUGAGAGAGUUUCAACCCGACAUUCUUAUAUAUAACGCAGGAACCGAUGUUCUGGAAGGAGACUGCCUUGGGAUGCUGUACCUGUCACCCUCAGCGGUUGUUCUCCGUGACGAAUUUGUGUUCCGCAAGGCGAUGGAAAAGCAUAUCCCAAUUGUGAUGCUCACUGGCGGUGGAUACACAAAAAACAGCGUCAAUGCAACUGCGGAUUCAAUUGCCAAUCUCAUCCGCUUAGGCAUUAUAGAGAGGACAUAG